AUUACCUUUGCUGGUUGAAUUGUGGCACAAGGAUAAAACAGCUAAAGACUUACUUCUAGGAGUGGCGAGACUUCAGCUUUCAAAUGUUCUGGCUUCAGAAAAAACCCGGUUCUUGGGUGGUAAUGGUGAACAAUGCUGGCGUCAAACUUGCAAUGAAACAGUCAGUGUCACAGCAGCACAAGGGUCAGGCAACAGAAUAGCAGAGCUUUCAUAUGCUAUCACUUUGGAAGACUACGGGCUUGUGAAAAUGCAAGAAGUUCUGGUGUCAGAUUCUUCUCAAUGUGUAGGUGCUGGUCAGCAGCGGCAUGUCCCUCACACUCAGCCUCGUUGUACCCCAGAAAACCAUCCAGAACCUCGAGAAACUCUUGAAUACAAAGCAGCACUGGAGCUAGAGAUGUGGAAGGAAAUGCAAGAGGACAUUUUUGAAAAUCAGCUUAAAAAGAAGGAAAUGGCCCAUAUGCAAGCACUUGCAGAAGAAUGGAGGAAAAGAGAUAGAGAGAGAGAAGCAUUAGUGAAGAAAAAGAUAGCAGAAUAUACUGUUUUGGAAGAACAACUUCAGAAAACCCUGAGAGAUCUAGAUAAGCGAGAACGACAGCUUUUUAGUGCUGAAUCAGAGCUUCAAAGAGUGAAGAAGGAGUUGCAAGCAGAGCAUGAACGAAAUCUGCAGGAGCUACAGGAUUCUGUGCGGCGAGCCAGAGAAGAGUGUGCACACCAGGUUGAACUAGAAAGGUCAAAAAUCAAACAGCUGGAAGAAGACAAGCUUCGCUUCCAGCAGCAGCUUUAUGAAGCAGAAAAUAAGCAUAAAACUUUGGAGAAGGAGUUCCAGCAGUACAAAGAACAGCAAAGUAGCAAACCAGAAAUCCAGCUACAAUCGGAAAUAAAUCUUCUUACUUUAGAAAAGGUUGAACUUGAAAGAAAGUUGGAGUCAGCUACCAAGUCAAAGCUCCACUACAAACAACAAUGGACAAGGGCUUUGAAAGAACUUGCAAGGUUAAAACAGCGUGAACAAGAAAAUGCAAUGGCUCACCUUAAAAAGCAGCAACAAGAGCUGGAGCACAUGAGGUUGCGCUAUUUGGCAGCAGAAGAAAAAGAGCUGGGGAAAACAGACCGGCAAGAGCUGGAGGAUAUCAGAAAUGAACUUAACAGGCUAAAGCAACAAGAAGAAGAGAGAAAGCAAUUGCAAGAUGUUAGAGAUAAUGCUGCUGGUAGAGUGGAUAGUCUUCAUUCUAGAAAAUUAAAUGAGAACAUGGAUGAUUAUGUUUCUCGUCUGAUAGAAGAGAGGGAUACCUUGUUGAGAACAGGAGUAUAUAAUCAUGAGGAUCAUAUUGUAAGUGAGCUUGAUCGUCAAAUCAGAGAAGCUAUUGCAAAAAGGAACAUCACUAAAUAA